CGGGCGGGGGUCCCGGGCAGGAAGCGGGCGGGGAGCGGGCGGGGGUCGGGGAGGAGCCGGGACCGGGACCAGGAGCGGGGCAGGGAGCGGCAGGAGCGGGCAGGGACCGGCAGGGCCGCGGCCAUGCCGGGGUCGCCCCUCGCCCCGCUGCUGCUGCUGCUGCUGCUCCUCCUGCUGGGCCCCCCGCCGCCCCCCGCCCGCGCCGCGCCCCCCCAGCCCGGCCGGCCCCGCGGCACCCCCAAACCCAGCGCGGUGACCCCAGCGAAGGGCACCGCCAGCGGGGUGUCCCCCAGAACGGGCACCACGACGGGACCCCCCAAAGGCAGCGAGACGCCCCCCUGGAAAGGCACCACGGCGGGACCCCCCACACCCAGCGGGGUGCCCCCUCCGAGGGGCACCACGGCCGCCCCCUCGAGGAGCAGCAGCACUUCGGGACCCCCAAAAGGCGGCACGGCCCCCCCGGUGCGGGGCAGCGCGACCCCCCCCGGCCCCUCCCGGCGCGGGGGGCUGCGGGACGGGGACCCCGCGGCCACAGCCCCGGCGCCCACGGUGAGCAAGGUGGCGGAGAGGAGGAGGAAGGUGGUGAGGAAGAAGGUGGUGAAGAAGAAGGUGCUGAGGAAGAAGCCGGAGGCUCCGGCCGCUCCGCAGGAGCCCCCGUGUCCCCCCCUGGGGCUGGAGUCCCUGCGGGUGCUGGACGAGCAGCUCCGGGCAUCGAGCCACAAGCGGCACGGGCUGGGCGCGCACCGCGGCCGCCUCAACAUCCAGUCAGGGCUCUACGACGGUGACUUCUACGACGGCGGCUGGUGCGCGGGGCGCGAGGACACGCGGCAGUGGCUGCAGGUGGACGCGCGGCGCCUCACCCGCUUCACCGGCGUGGUCACCCAGGGCCUCAACUCCAUCUGGACGUACGACUGGGUGACGUCCUACAAGGUGCAGGUCAGCAACGACUCGCACGCGUGGCUGCCGAGCCGCAACGGCACCGAGGAGGCGGUGUUCCCUGCCAACAAAGACCCCGAGACGCCGGUGCUGAACCUGCUGCCCUCGCCGCUCGUGGGGCGCUUCCUGCGCAUCAACCCGCAGAGCUGGUUCCCCAACGGCACCGUGUGCCUGCGGGCCGAGGUGCUGGGCUGCCCGGUGCCCGACCCCAGCGAUGCCCACGCCUGGCACCCCCCGGUGCCCCCCGAACCGCAGCUGGAUUUCCGCCACCACAACUACAAGGAGAUGAGAAAGCUGAUGAAGAGGGUGAGCGAGGAGUGCCCCGACAUCACCCGCGUGUACAGCAUCGGGCAGAGCUCCCGCGGGCUGCGCCUCUACGUGAUGGAGAUCUCGGACAACCCCGGGCAGCACGAAGUCGGAGAGCCGGAGUUCCGCUACGUGGCCGGCAUGCACGGGAACGAGGUGCUGGGCCGGGAGCUGCUGCUGAACCUGAUGGAGUUCCUGUGCCGGGAGUUCCGUGGGGGCAACGCCCGCGUGGUGCAGCUGGUGACGGGCACGCGCAUCCACCUGCUGCCCUCCAUGAACCCCGACGGCUACGAGACCGCCUACAAGCUGGGCUCGGAGCUGGCGGGAUGGGCCAUGGGCCGCUGGACGUACGAGGGCAUCGACCUCAACCACAACUUCGCCGACCUGAACACGGCGCUGUGGGACGCCGAGGACAACGACCUGGUGCCCCACGAGUUCCCCAACCACUACAUCCCCAUCCCCGAGUACUACACCUUCGCCAACGCCACGGUGGCCCCGGAGACGCGGGCGGUGAUCGCGUGGAUGCAGCGCUACCCGUUCGUGCUGAGCGCCAACCUGCACGGCGGCGAGCUGGUGGUCACCUACCCCUUCGACAUGAGCCGCACCUACUGGAAGGCGCAGGAGCUGACCCCCACGGCCGACGACGGCGUCUUCCGCUGGCUGGCCACCGUCUACGCCACCGCCAACCUGGCCAUGGCCAGCGGAGAGCGCCGGCCCUGCCACUACGACGACUUCACGCGCCACGGCAACAUCAUCAACGGCGCCAACUGGCACACGGUGGCUGGCAGCAUGAACGACUUCAGCUACCUGCACACCAACUGCUUCGAGAUCACCGUGGAGCUCUCCUGCGACAAAUUCCCGCACGCCUCCGAGCUGCCCCAGGAGUGGGAGAACAACCGCGAGUCGCUGCUGCUCUUCAUGGAGCAGGUGCACCGCGGGAUCAAGGGCGUGGUCAGGGACAGCGACACCGGGCAGGGCAUCCCCAACGCCAUCAUCUCCGUGGAUGGCAUCAACCACGACGUCCGCACCGCCUCGGACGGGGACUACUGGCGGCUGCUGAACCCGGGCGAGUACGAGGUGACGGCGCGGGCCGAGGGCUACGAGGCGGCCACGCAGCCGUGCCGGGUCUACUUCGAGAACGUUCCCACGCCCUGCAGCUUCCGCCUGGCGCGGGCAAGGGGCCGGCACCGGCACGGGGGAACCCGCCCGGGCCCCGACCCGGCCCUGCGGCUGCAGCGGCUGCGCCUCCGCCGCCUGCGCGCCCACGGCCGCGGGCACUGAGCGGAACGCGACCGGGACCGGGGGCACCGAGCGGGACGGGACCGGGACCGCGGGCAGUGACCGGGCCGGGACCGGGGUCCGCGCGGGACGGCUCCCAGUAAAGCUCGGGUGCGCUGCCGCUGCGAGUGUGCGGGCAUGGAGCGGCGGAGGGACC